UUCUGGACUAAAGGGUUUGAACAUGUCGCGCCUGAAGGGAGUGGCGGAGCGGGAUACCCGAGUGGGUUUCAGAGCUGAGAGGAGAGACUUCGGUGCUUCAGUACCGCAGGGGCUGUUAAAGGCAGCGAGGAAGAGCGGCCAGCUAAACCUUUCGGGUCGGAAUCUCAGUGAAGUACCUCAGUGUGUCUGGAGAAUAAAUGUGGAUAUUCCUGAGGAAGCUAAUCAGAAUCUUUCAUUCAGUGCUACUGAGCGAUGGUGGGAGCAGACGGAUUUGACCAAACUAAUCAUAUCCAACAAUAAACUUAAGUCACUUACAGAUGACCUACGACUCCUGCCUGCACUCACUGUUCUUGAUAUACAUGAUAAUCAGCUGACAUCCCUUCCUUCUGCCAUAAGAGAGUUAGAAAAUCUUCAGAAACUUAAUGUCAGCCAUAACAAACUGCAAAUACUUCCUGAAGAAAUUACAAAUUUAAGAAACCUGAAAGGUCUAUAUCUCCAGCAUAAUGAACUAACUUGCAUUCCAGAGGGAUUUGAACAACUUUUCAAUUUAGAAGAUUUGGAUAUUUCCAACAAUCGUCUUACAACUGUUCCUGCUAGUUUUUCUUCUCUCUCCAGUCUGGUACGACUCAAUCUUUCCAGUAAUCAGCUGAAGAGUUUGCCAGCAGAAAUAAGUGGAAUGAAAAGAUUAAAGCAUUUGGAUUGUAAUUCAAAUCUCUUAGAAGCUGUACCCCCUGAAUUGGCUAACAUGGAGUCACUAGAAUUGCUUUAUUUGCGGAGGAAUAAAUUACGUUUUCUACCAGAAUUUCCUUCUUCUAGAUUAUUAAAGGAAUUACAUGUAGGUGAAAACCAGAUUGAAAUAUUAGGGCCAGAACAUCUUAAGCAUCUGAAUUCUAUCCUUGUGCUAGACCUGCGGGAUAAUAAGUUAAAAUCUGUUCCAGAUGAAAUUACACUACUACAGUCUUUGGAAAGGCUUGACCUAAGCAACAAUGAUAUUAGUAGUCUACCCUGUUCAUUGGGAAAACUUCAUUUGAAAUUUCUGGCACUAGAAGGAAAUCCUUUGAGAACUAUACGAAGAGAAAUUAUAAAUAAAGGAACCCAAGAAGUCUUAAAAUAUCUGCGAAGCAAGAUUAAAGAUGAUGGACCUAGCCAAAGUGAUUCUGUUGAGACUGCCAUGACACUACCAAGUGAAUCCAGAGUCAAUGUACACGCUAUCGUAACAUUAAAAAUAUUAGACUAUAGUGAUAAACAAACAACUUUAAUUCCUGAUGAAGUAUUUGAUGCAGUAAAAAGCAACAUUAUCACUUCUGUUAACUUCAGUAAGAAUCAGCUAUGUGAAAUUCCUAAAAGGAUUGUGGAACUGAAGGAAAUGGUUUCUGAUGUCAAUCUCAGUUUUAAUAAGCUUUCCUUUAUAUCCUUGGAAUUAUGUACGCUUCAAAAAUUGACUUUUUUAGAUCUCAGGAACAAUUUUUUAAAUUCUUUGCCUGAAGCAAUGGAAUCGUUGAUAAGACUACAAACAAUUAAUCUUUCCUUUAACAGGUUCAGAAUACUACCUGAAGUUCUGUAUCACAUCCCCACACUUGAAACAAUUUUGAUUAGUAACAAUCAGGUUGGAUCUGUGGAUCCUCAGAAAAUGAAGGCAAUGGAAAAUCUGAUCACCCUGGACCUUCAAAAUAACGACCUCCUACAAAUUCCACCAGAGCUUGGUAAUUGUGUGAACUUAAGAACACUACUACUAGAUGGAAAUCCAUUCCGCGUUCCUCGAGCAGCCAUAUUAAUGAAAGGAACAGCUGCUAUUCUGGAAUAUUUGAGAGACCGGAUUCCUACUUAAAUUGGAGUUGUUUUAUAAUCUUGGUCAUGUUAAUUCUUAGACUUCUUACAUUGAUAAGUAACGUUUUUCUAAGGUAUCGUUCAUUCGUAAUGGUGAUAACCACAUACAGUGUUUAUGCAUUUAUUUUGAAUGUUUUGCAUAAGAUUUAUUCUACUUUCAUUCCUUAUAAGAUAGUAAACAAUUUCUUCAAAAGUGAUUUUUUAUUUAAGUUAGUUUGAUAUUUUUAUAAUGAGAAAGCAUUUUUGUAGAAGUGGGAUUUUUCCCACCAUUUCUGUUCGUGUUACAUUUAAUGUGACCAGUUGAUUUAAAUAUGACCAUCUAAUUUCUACCUUUUUGUUAGAUAUAAAAUUGAAUUGAAUUUUAUUCAAAACUGUUCUUUGGCAUUUAAAAAAAUAAGGCUUUUCCUUACCCGUGAUAAGACUUUUGUGAUGUGGUUGGUCUUGGUAUAAGUUUUAAAUUAACAUUCACUGUCUCGCUUUUGUUUUAAUCCAGUUGAAAUGUUUCUUGUCUAGCCUUUUCCCUACAUUUUAUGAAACCAUUUUGUCAUGAUUUCUAAUGUAACAGGAAUAUUACACGAGAUGUAGUUAUUGGCAGAGAAAACAGUAAAAGCAUUGUUUAAGUUGCUCUCAGAAUUUUGAAUUUAAAACUUGACAAGUUUUUUUAAAAUGAUUUCUUACUAUUAAGUUUCCCUACAGUAACCUAGUACUUCUAGAUUUAAGAAAUUUGAAGGGAUUGGAUCUGCAUAUUUUUCCCUCAGAGUGUGUUUAAAAAUAGCUUUUGUUCUUCUUUAAAAAAGUACUGAAGAGCUUAUUUUAAUUCUAUAGAUGUCAGCAACAGAAAAUAACUAAUAACAUAUACCACAUAGAAGUCUUCGAAAUUUCUUAAGUAAUUUAUUAAGCAGAUAUUUGUAUACAUUAUCUACUCUGUUGGUGUGUUCUAAUCCAACCUUGUGCAUUUUUUCUUUUUUAUUUCCAGGGCCUUACUUUUCAAAUUUAUUUCUAAUCUUCAUAAGACUAAACUUGUAGUCAUGUGGAAAUUUUCUAAAAGGGAGUUUGUUACUGGUUAACUUGAUUUAGUAAAAAUAAAGUAGAAAUAUUUUUAUUUAUACCAAAAAUAUCAGAGGUAGGCUGAUCAGUCAUUAUAAAACUUAUCAUGUGAUUCUAUUAAGUAGCCAAUCAACAGAACGUAUAUUAACUUACAUAGAUAGGCAGGUAGGUAGCUAGCUAGCUUUUGGGUGAUUGAGGCAUGCUCAUAUUAUGAAAAAACUCAUUGCUAAUAAAGAUAAAUACUACUGUUCAUAAUAAAAGUUACAUUUUCAAAUAUU